AUGCCCACUAUUGUUCCUAAAAGAAAAGAAGAAGAUGGCAUCUUGGCGAAUAAGAUUAAAGAUCCUGUGACUUCAGUAGGCCUAGGUCCGAAAGUUUCUCCAACACUGUCCUGUCAUCAAAAGAACCUGGUUGAUGAAAUAAUUAACUUGUAUCUUGAAGUUGAGGAUCCAGGACGUCAUUAUGAAAAUGGAAUUGAA